AUGUCGGACCCGCUGGACGACUCCGCCAGGCCCGUCAUGGACGCCACCGCCGCCGCGGCCGAGCAGCCCGCCAUGACCAACAAAGAGAAGCGAAAGGCCCUCCAGGCCGCCAAGCGCGCCGCAAAGGAGGCAAAGGCGCUCGAGGCCCCAUCCGCGCCGACCACACCCGCGGCCGCCUCAUCGACCACCACCAAGCGAAAGAGGGACGCUGCAGACGAAGGCAAUGACGCUGCGGAAGAGGAGCCCGCCGCAGACGGCGAGGAGCAGCAGCAAGAAGAAGAAGAAGGAGAAGUCCAGGCGCUCUCGCACAAGGAGCAGCGGCGCAGAAAGAAGCUCGAAAAGAAGGCAAGACUCGAGGGCAAAGAGCUCGGCGUCGCCGCUGCCAAGCAUGGCGCCAACGGGUCGUCGUCGUCGUCCCGCGCGGCAGGAGCAACGGCGGGGGCGGCGGCGGCGCCCGUCAAGAGGAGCCCGUGGUGCAUCUGGGUCGCAAACAUGCGCUUCACCACCGACGAGCAGAAGCUCAAGGAGUUCCUCGAGAACCAGGGCAUCGAGGGCAUCUCGCGCGUACACAUGCCAAAGGGCCCCAGGAAGGAAGAGGCAAACAAGGGAUUCGCCUAUGUCGACGUCCCCUCGGCAGAGAUGGUCGAGCGCGCCAUCGCCCUCUCCGAGUCGCGCCUCGACGGCCGAAACCUGCUCAUCAAGUCCGGCAACGACUUCCAGGGCCGACCGCAGCUCAACGCCUCGGCCGCCUCGCUCGCCAUGACGGCGCUCGGCACCGCGCCGCAGCAGCCAUCGCAGCCCGCCGCCAGCUCCAAGGCCGCCGCCAACGGUGCCGACGCGGGCGGCGUCGACGACAGCGUGGCCUUUUCCGCGCUGCCGGCCUCGGUGCGCGGCAAGACGGGCCUGACAAAGACGGCGCAGAAGAUCCUGCGCAGCCAAAAGAACCCGCCGGGCCCCACGCUCUUCCUCGGCAACCUGAGCUUCGAGAGCACCGAAGACGGGAUCCGCAGCCUGCUCGAGAACAGCGCCAAGCGCCGCGAAGAGUGGCGCAAGGCCGACAAGGAGGACAAGAAGCUGCAGCGCAAGCGCAAGCGGCAGGAGCGCAAGCGCGCAAAGGCCGAAGAGGGCGACGACGGGUCGGACUCGUCGGCUUCCGAGUCCGAGUCCGAGUCCGAGUCCGAGGAUGGUUCGGCGUCGUCGUCGUCUUCGGAAUCCGAGGACGAGGGCGGCAAGGUCCGGGGCAAGACGACGACGACGACGGCCAAGAAGAGCAGCGAGGGUGGGAUCCGCGGGGCGGGGAUCCGCAAGAUCCGCAUGGGCACGUUCCAGGACACGGGCAAGUGCAAGGGGUUCGCCUUUGUCGACUUCCACACGCCCGCCCACGCCACGGCGUCGCUCAUCGACGGGCGCAACGCGCACCUCGAUGGGCGCACGAUUGUGCUCCAGUACGCCGGUGCAGAUGCGAUCCGCCGUGGAGCGCCCAAGGGCACCGUGACGGGCGGACCUCGACCUGCCUCUCGACCUCCGCGACAGUGGGGCGUCCCCGCUGCUGGCCAGGGUGCUGCCGGUGAGGGAAUGACGGAGGAGGAUCGGAUCAAGCUGCGCGAGACGGCGCCGGCGCCGGGGACGUUUGAUCCGGAUGCGCCGGUGGAGAAGAGGCACAAGGAGACCAAGGAGGAGAGGAUGGCCAGGAGGGCGGCUCAGAAUGCUGCUGCUGCUGCUGCAGGGGGAGAGGGAGGAGGAGGAGGGGGGGAGAGGGAGAGGGAGAGGAAGAGGAGGGCCAAGCCCGGUGCGGCGCUGGCCAAUGCGCAGAGGGAGAAUGUGGGCAUCGUCGAGCAUACGGGUACCAAGACGACUUUCGACUAG